AUGUCCAUCUGCGAUGACACCCUCCUGUGUAAUUUCCCAAAGUGUCGCGCUAAGCUGAGCGGCUUCGCUUGGGUCACAGCGUGCUCACAUGUUUUCUGCGAUCAGCACGGAUCUGAGAAGUUCGGCCGUUCUCCCGUCAUCUGCCCUGCAUGCUCGUCUGCACUGUCUGGAAAGCUGGACAUUGUGAGGAUGGAGCUGUCGCCCUCUGAGGAGUAUAAAGCCAUGGUGCUGACAGGUCUGCGACCAGACAUAGUGCUGGACAUCAGUUCCCGUGCUCUGGCCUUCUGGAGCUAUCAGGUGCAUCAAGAGCGUAUCUAUCAAGAGUACAGUCUGUCACGGGCCGAAUCACAGCUGAAGCAGAUGGAGAAGAUGCUGACUCAGCAGAACCAGAGCAGAGAACUGGAGCUUACCGCCUUGAAAGGAGAAAUCGCCUCCCUGAAGAAAAUGAUGGACGAGUACAAGAGGAAUUACAGCGAGGUGUCUGAGAAGCUGAUGCAGAGAAACCGGCAGUACCAGAAACUACAGGGGCUGUACGACUCUCUGAGGAUGCGUAGCAUGGUGGUGGGUGUUGGAGAAAGACAUACAGAGCAACAAAUGGGACGUCAAGACUACAACGCUGAUAAUAAUGCCGGGGUGGCUCGGCAUGCGACUCCCCAGAGGAGCCCUCCAUUCCUGUCCCUCGGCCCUGAAGGGGACAGUCGAUUCUUGUCCGCCCUGGAGGCUGAUGGAGGAAAGACCUUCUUCCAGUUCAGCUCCCCUGGCAGGGAUAAAUGCCGGCCCUUCAUCAGGAAGCACUGA